CAUUUCCGGCAAAGAGUAUGUUCCAGUUGGAUCCUGAAGAUGUCGCUUUUCUACAGUCGAUGUUUGCAAGAUUUGCCAAAGAUCACGGUGAACGAUGUCCACCGAAUUAUUCAGGCGGCAUCAUCCACUCCACGGAGUAAACGGGAGAAAGGAUUCAAGAUGUAUAUAUCUAGUUACAUCGACAAUUUUGAAGAUCCUCCUUGAUGGCUCCUCUCCAGUACAGCUGUGUGAGGCUGUCUGUUCCUGUGUGGCUGGCCAGGUACUUUGCAAUCACAAUGUUGCCCUGCUCUACCAGACUGCACAUUAUUCACAGCUCCAACUUAGUGCUGUACCACCCGUCCGGAGCUGCACUGAGACAGAGCAACGCUGGCACAAGCCACGGACCAUGGGUGUUAAGCCAGGCCGAGUUAGGGAUAUGGUUGUGAUGGCGGCUAAACCAAAACAGAGGACUGUAGGAAGUGGUGUAAGAAGCACACUGUAUAAAGCAGUGCAGGGGGAGCUGCCUGAUCCAGACAUGCUGAAGGUGGCAGAGGUCUACGCUGACUUCCCUGCUACAUUGGCGCCACUCAUCACCACCAUGGCAAUCAGCUCAGAUAUCCCUCUGGUCCAGUCAGCGCUUGGACAAGUCCAGGAGGGAAGUCUUAUUGCAAUGCAGCACCCGGUAACCCUCAGUAGAAAUGUCCAGUAUUAUCCAGAUGCUCCUCCACCACCACCUUUACCGUUGGCUGAUUACAGGAUGGAACCCACGGCCUGCCAGUUUGUUUGCAGCUUCCAACAACAGCUGCAUCUGGUCUCUCUGCAAACAAGUUUGGAAACUGCCAGACAGGUGGAGGCUUCUACUCGGGACCAAAGCCUGUCUGUGGAGUGGUAUCGAGUUAGGAGCCUACGUGUAACAUCGUCCCACUUCAGAGAGGUCUGCCAUGUACGAGGUAACAGUACAGCACAACAGCUUGCAGAGAGGAUGAGAAAGGGUGUGGUUCAGACCGCUGCUAUGAAGAGGGGCCUGGCACUGGAGCCGGUUGCUGUUGAGGAGUACUGCAGGGUCAAGAACCUCAACUAUUGGCCCUGUCGAUUUGUAAUCCAUCCUGAUGCCCCCUGGUUAGGCUGUUCCCCUGACGGCAUUGUGUUUGAUCCCUUAGAAAACCCUCCAUUUGGCUUGGUGGAGAUCAAAUGCCCCAAUGCUAAGAGCUAUGUCGACUGCAAGUACUUAAAAUCAAAUGGUGACACUAUGUCACUAAAACGGCAGCAUGCAUACUAUUGGCAGGUUCAGGGGCAACUUCUCAUCACUGGCAUGGAAUGGUGUGACUUUGUUGUCUUUGCAGAAGAUGACAUGGUCAUACAAAGGAUAUACAGAGACAAGGAGAUUGCUGAAGUGAUACGAGAGAAGGGAGAUCACUUUUUCUUUUAUUUCUACAUGGCUGUUUGUUUAAGAUAA